UUACUGGUUGCCUUCCAUUUUACAAUAGAAACCUUAUGCCAUGCUUAGAGGUAAACAAAAAUAAUUACUUAACCAUCAUAGCUAAUUAAUGAGAAAAAGUUUCAUUUUGAUUAAUUUGCCGCUAUUGCCCAAUGUUUCAAAAUUCCAUGGGUGGGAUAUGUGACCACAUUCCAGUGAAAACUGAACUUUGCUCUCUGAUUGCCUGAUUCCGUCCUUCUAGUAAAAUGGGUAACGGAUCUUCAACUGCUUCUAUUUGGACGCAGACUUACAAUGAAAUAAAGAGUAAACAUGAUGCAGCUUAUGUUGUUAUCCAAAAUGCAAUUACUUUGGAAGAACAGGAAAAGCCUCUUGAGGCUUUAGAGAAAUAUAAAGAAGGAAUACAGCUGAUUGAUAGCGCUCUUAGAGUUCAAAUAACAUGUCCAGAAAAUCCAGAUUUCACUUGGGAAAAGACCGUUUUAAUGAUCCAGAAGAUGAAAAAAACUAGAGGAGAAGUGUUAUCUAGGUUAACAUGCAUCCAAAAGUCACGUGAAGAAAUUGAAUCAAGAGAACAACCUCCGUCAUAUGAGGAGGCUAUUGCAAGCACACCUACUGAAACGCCUCAAACCUACAAUGACUUGGCAAACGCUUUAAAUCGAAUGACAGUUGAUACAGAUAUGACAAUGGAAGCAGAAGUUAUGUUCAUGUAUGAAAAUGUUAAACUUUACUUUAUUUCGCCCAAUGGAGAAGUCUCAUCUACACUCACGCCACAAACUUUGAAAAUCACACUUGUUGAAAAUGAUGAAGGAGAAAACGUUCCUAGAGCUAUUCUACAAAUUGGUGAUUGGGUUUAUCCCCUCAUUCCGGGGGUUUCCCCUUGUUUUAGAUCUGAUUAUGGUGCAUUUAUCUUGCCUAAUAUUUAUGCAGAAACACCUGGGUCCUCAAUUGGAAUUAUUCUACCCCCAGACGCAGAUGCCGACGCUUAUGAUAUUCUUGAAAGUAUUCUUUAUGGUAUUGUUGGUGAGGGUAAACCCCCUCAGACACAAGAGCCACCUGAAGACUUGAGUGAGAAGAUUUCAAGUGGAAUCGUCACAGGGGCGUCAUAUGUGUCUCGCGGUCUCGUUUUUGGGGCAGAAAAAAUUGGAACUUUACUCAAUCAAGGUACUCCAAAACUUCUCUCUCGUAUCAACAGUGCUGAACAGCCUACUCAAAUCCCUAGAAAAGUUAGCAAAGGCAUGCAAGUGGCCGAAACUGCAACUAACAAGGCUGCGCAAGUUACGGGAUAUGUUGCGGAACAGGUUGGUCAAGCAACGAUGAAACUCGGCCAUUUUCUUGCACCUCACAUCCAAAAACAAGGUACAAGAUUGCUAACUUCAGGUUUUCGUAUGUCUGAAACGGAGGCUUCUGCUAAAAUGAACGGAGUGAUGACAGUGGCUGCAGGCGCUGUUGAAGGAUUUUCAACUGUUUACUUGGGUUUAGAAAAUUCAGCUUCGAUUUUGGGAAAAAGUUUGAAGGAAAAUACUGUUAAAGUGGUUCAACAUAAGUAUGGACAUCCCGCUGGAGAAUUUGCAGGAGAUACGUUGAAUACAGUUGGAAAUGUGUAUCACAUCAGCAAAAAUGCGAAAAUAAUUCAGCCCAAACAUUUAGCAAAAAGGACAGUUAAGGACGCUGGAAAAGCGAUGGUCUAUCAAUAUAAAAGCAAUCGUAACGAUGGGGCCAGUACUUCUAAUUAUUAUUCGCAGAAUAAGUUUGAUCAUAACAAAAUUGAAAAGUAUGAUAAAAAUUAAUUUCAUAUUAAGGUGAUUGUAAUUAAUUAUAUUAAAGUAUUAAGGUAUAUUAUAUUGUGAUAUAUUUUUGGAAAUAGUUGUAAAAAUAAAUAUGUUUUCUUUGAGCUA